AAAUAUUAGACCGUUACGCAAGAAUGGUCCCAUGAUAAAGCUUGUCACUUUUGCAAUGACAGCGCCUACUCCCUAAUAUUUGUUUCACAAAAAUUCAAGAUUUUCCAGUGUGGCCAAUCGAUUCUUGCUGCUAAAUUAUAUAUAAUCAUAUUUACUCACACAACUUUAUUUUUUUAAAAUUAUAUUUUUAUUAUUGAUGGCAAGCUGAAGGAUUUCCACUCACUUGGGCUGACAGAUCAUCAAGCAUGUGAAAUUGUAUAUGAGUGCUUUCUUCAUUUCCAUCAUUAAUCCAUGGCUAGUGAGACUGUUGCUGUUUCCUCAGAUCAUCCUGCCCCUUCUGAGUCCGAGGGAUUUGAGAAAGAAGUGGUGAAGAAAAUUGAAGCAGAAAAUGAUGCUUCUCACCCAGCAAAGGAAAGUGUGGAGAGUAAAAUAACUGAGGAAUCAACAUGUGAAGCAGAAGCAAAGAUAGAGGAGAAACAAAUUGAGGGUCAUGAUGUAGCAGAAGAGCCAAAAACUGUGGCAGAGGAAAAGAUUGAAGAUAAGGCAGUUUCUGCUGAGGAUGAGAAGGCGGCUCCCGAGUCGUCAGCUCAAGAAAAGGUCGAUGAUGACAAGACCGUUGAAGAGGAAUCAACUCAAGAAAAGGCCGAGGACAAGAAGCCUGCUGAAGAUAAGGCAGUUUCUGUUGAGGAUGAGAAGGCGGCUCCCGAGUCAUCAGCUCAAGAAAAGGUCGAUGAUGACAAGACCGUUGAAGAGGAAUCAACUCAAGAAAAGGUCGAGGAAAAGAAGCCUGUUGAAGAGGACAAGAAAGUCGAGGAUGUUCCAGUGGUAGAAGCACCUCCGGAGAAAGCAGAACCCGUGCCUGUUCUUGCUGAGAAGCAAGUGGAGGAGAAGUGUGCCGAGCUUAGUGAAGGGAAGUUGGAGGAACCAGCAAAAGUUGCUGAUGUGCCGGAGUCCUUAGCUGCUGAGGUGGUUGUUGAGAACAAAGGCGAAGAAACGCCUGCCCAAGUGGUGGAAGAAGCUGCUCCUGCUGUGGAGGAGGCGGUUGAGCAAGUCGAGAAAGGGAUUCCGGAAUGUUCUGUUGACAAGGCUGAGGAUGCCAAGUUGCCAAAGGAGGAAGAAACUAAUCUCUCUGAAGCUCCUGCUGCUGCCCAAGUAGAAGAAAAGGAAGCUGUAUCUGAUCUGAUUGAUGAAGGGAAUGUAAAAACAGAGGAGAAAUCCACUGAGGCUGAGAAGAUUGAACCAAAAAGUGAUGAUGUGGCUGAAGAGAAAAGUGUUGUAGCUGAAGAAAAGCCACAAGAUGAAAAGGCAUGCGAAGACGAGGCUACGCCCAAAGACAUCAAAUUGGAAGAGAAACCAGUUGAUGAGACAGCAAAGGAGGAGGCUAAGUUGGAGGAUGUUCCUAAAGAAGGCGUGGCGGUGAAGACUCAGAAGCAAUCUCUUGUGAAGAUUGUGAAGCAGUCGCUGGUGAAGGCGAGGAAAGCGAUCAUUGGGAAGUCGAACAACUCAAAGACGCCGGCUGCAGAGCAAAAGGAUGGUGCCAAGGCUUGAAUGAAGUGAAGAUGGUGGUGAUGUGGUUUGUUUCUUUGUGUGAUAAGUUGCAGUUUGUGAAGGUUUGUGUCUGUGUAUGUCUGGUGUUGGAUUGCUUGGCUGCAUGAGUUGUUGCAGUGUUAGAUAAUAUAUUCUACUAGUGUCAUGCUAAAUAUAUUAUGCAGACACAACAAGGUUUUUUUUUCCCUUUUUCUUUUCUUUUUUUUGUUUUUCUGAUAUAAUGUUUUAUUCAUUUGUUGGGUUUGUGUAUUUAUGCGAUGCAAUAUUCAAUUUAUUGGUCCAUGGGUGUAAAUACAUUUUAUUUUAGUAUUGACUGUUUUCAGUAUUAAA